AUUUCCUUGGAUGCGUAUGUUGAUUAUUGAACAAUUCUGCUUCGCCUUUCUCCAGCAAAUCUUUGGCUAUUCUCAAAUCUUUGAUGUCGCUAUUUUGGUCGAAUCUCUGCCUCAUCAGAACGGCAUUAUAUCUGAACGCUAUUCUGUAGAAUAAAAUAAAAAUAUAGAAAAAUUACAUAACGUAAACAUAACCUACUGCGAUUGGCUCAAGAUACCUAAAAUUCGAUUAAUCUAGUUACCUGUCGGCAUACCAAUUUUCCAGUUCACGUAGAGUCCUUUUAUACAAACUUUGAACCUUCCUCGUGUGGGUUACAAUCCCUGUAAGGGAACCAGACAUUUUAAAUUUUAGGGUGAAUCGGGGUCGAAUCCAAUAAUAAUCCAAAAAUUCUAAAUACAAAAUAAAUUACGUCAAAUGUCAUACACCAAUCGCAUUCUUCUUUUUUGUUGAAUAAUUAAUAUCGAAACGUCACUGUCAAUCACUACCAGCCGUUCCGUAGUUCCAUGCGAAAACGUCAAAACUGACAAGUAAAUGACACUUGUUCGACUUUGACAUUGUUUUUGUUACAUUUUUUUUAUUAUUUUUUAAACAAAAUCAGUGAUUAGAAAAUAGUGCGCCCUAUUAUAACAAUGAAUCACAAUUUAAUCUGCCAUUGAAAGCUACGGCAAUGUCAGUAUCAAGGAAAGAUUUUAACAAAUUCGAACCACCGCCGCCCCCGAAUUUGAGCAUAGAAAACGUGGGCAUUUGGACGGGAUGGCACUGCAAAGGGGACAAAGAAGUGGCCAGAGAAGCCGCGACAAAAGGUACAUCGGUCGAUCUAGUCGUAUUGUUUUUAUCCCAAAGAAGAUGUAUCCAACUCGAAGAAGCCAGGGAAUAUUUUAGAGAUGAAGUGUUUUUGUGGGCGAAAGAACUACUAGAUAGAAAACAGAUAUUCAGAGUUUCGCACAUUUUAUCCAACAUCGGAGUGGACCCGCAAGAGGAAUUGUCCAAAGUUUUCUAUACGACUACUAACGUGGAAGUUCGCGAGUACAUCGGCAACCACCUGAAAGCCCAGCAGAAACUGGACGCGGGCUACGGGCACUUGUGGCACUUUUUGAACGUUAUUUUGAAGAACAACUUGUUGAUAACGAAUUGGAAAUUACCCGAAGACAGCAUCGAAUGUUUGAAUAAUCAAGACAGCGAUUGGAAAUGCCAAAUCGCGGCGAAAUUGUUCCUUAGAACACACGAUAUUUUGCUUCUACCGUUCCUCACUCCGGAAUCGCUUUGGAAGCAAUUGUUGGGCUACUACGACACCAAACUCCUGAAAAUAUGGAUAAGCAUUUACUACAACAAGUCUUUGUGCCACUUUGAUCUCUCUGAAAACCUGUUGAAAGUGUUUAAAUCGUUUCCGAUAUCCAUCGAGAUGGUUAAUCAGUUGAAUGCCUCGGAAACUUCGAUGAACACCUGCAAUGUUAUACUGAACGAUUUGAGCAAAUUUGGAGUGUUCUGCGAUAGAGAUUCGCGGGAUUUUUCGAAUAUUUUGAGCCGUUUGUACCAAAGCAGCAACAUUCAAAAUACGUUUCAAAUCAUCAGAAGCGCCAGUUCGAAUAUAUCGGAACAACAUUUCGUGAAUUUACUGGUGGAUUAUUGCACGAAAAACGAGCUGUUUUGCGUGAUGAGCGCCUGCUUGGAGAAUUUCCAAUUGACCGAAGAGGGCAUCGAGAUAAAUGAAAAUUUGAAUCUCAUAUUGGAUUUUAGAAAGUUGACUAACGAAUUUACCGAACAAAAUUUAUCCAGGAACAUCGUGCAUGUGUCCGAGUUUUUAUCUAAUAAUUUGGAAGAAUAUUUCAACAGGAACACGUUGAUUUUGUUAUCGUUGAUAUUUUUCAACGAAGCCAAUAUAGAAGACGUUCUAGAGCAAAAAUCGUUCAAACUGGAGAACGUAAUACUGAGCGAUUGCUUGCAAAAUUUACCAAAAAAAUUGAAAUCUCUUGAUGCCUUUAUGAAUCGCAAACGGAUCAUCGAACACAACAAAAUCACAUCGUACGAUCUGCUAGAAAAACACUACAAAAUCCACGUGAGAAAAUUGUAUGCGUUUCGAUUCGAUAACCACCCGUUACCGGACUUUAACAACAAAUAUCUAGUGGAGAAUUUCGGCUAUUUAAAGAAAGUUAAUCACCUGUUCUACGUGAAACAAUUUAGACCGAGCAUAGCCUGCAGAUUAUUCCUAUUGAACGUGUACGAAAACCACAACGGAUUCCCCCCGGGUUGCAUCGAUGAUUUACAAAAGAAAAUUUACAAGAUAGUUCUAAGAGAUUUCACCAACGGCGAAAUAGUGUCCAGUUGCGUGGCUUUUCUAGAAUCGAUAGGAAUCCGUACGGAUUAUCUAAAAGUAGCCGUAAAAUCCGCGAAAAUCCUACUAGAAUCCGGUACGGACUUCGAACAAGUAGUCCGAAUGUUCCUGAACGAUCCCAAACGAAUCGCCGAAGCCGUAGAAGAGAUAAUCAUCAAUAAAAUCGAAUUCGAUCGCUUCGCAUCCGACGGUUCCUACUUCAUCGAUUCGAUCAAACUCUACGACGUAGCGUUCAACUUCAGGGCGCUCUUCGAUCUAGCGCCGCCCGAGCGCUUCCUGCGCGCCUGCGCCGUCCGCAACAUGUGGCUGCCGUUCCUCGUCUUCGCCCAGCUCAAAAACUACUCCAUCGACGAAGCCAAAGCGGCGCUGCAAUCGUUCAAGAACCCCAAUCUGCUCGAGCACGUCCACCACUCAGUCGCCCACGACGUGAACGUCGACGAGAACGGGCUGAUGCGCGAGAGGGACUCGCGCAACUACUUCCUGUCGCGCAUCGGCGUGAGGAAGAGCGCCGAGAGCCUCAAUCAGAGCGAUUCGGUGCACAGUGUGGCCACGCAAUCGAGCCGCGGCUCGUCGACGGGCUCCGGCGGUUCGGAGUUGAUCGAAAUCGACGUUUCGAACACGAAGGCGACGCUGUUGCAGGCUAUGAUCAGAUGCCACAACAGCACCGAUCCGCCCAGGGCUCUGUUGCAGGCCUGCCAGCUGUACAAGAACCCUUUGUUGGCCGUGUUCGCUACGAGCUACGAGCCCGAUUCGAUUAUUACAAACUGGUUAACUUGGCUCGCCGUGGCUUGCGGAUUGUACGAGACAUUCACGAACUUCGAAUCUGUAGCGUUGAAUUCGAUAGCGGUGGCGCAAUUGUUGAUCGAUUGCAUGAUUAACCGUUUCCCGAAGACCAUCCAACAAAGCUUCGAGAUUUUCAUACCGUCGAAUUCUCUGCGCUAUUUCGUCGAGUUCCUGAACCUGUGCAUCGAUCGCACCCCCGAUGUCCCACUUCUGAUCGCGAAAUUGCAAUCGUUCAAAUCGGCUCUAUCGCAGUGCAGGCGGUACAGCGUGUUCGCGCAAAACGACCACGAAAUGACCUAUUUGAGGAACAAAGCUUGGGUGGAAACCACGGCUAUGAAUUUGCUGGCGUGCGCUAUACAUUACAACAGCGAUUCGGCGUACGAACAAAUCCGGUUGGUCGAGCGCAUGCGCCGCGCCGGUCUCGGCGAGUACGUGGACUGCGCGGAACUGGAGAAUUUGCUGGAGAUACUGCGCAUCGUGUACGAAUCGAACAGCGAGAUCAGGUUCGAUGUGGCCGGAUUCCUGGGGGAAAAAGGCGGCAGGAAGGCGGUGGUGAAUUGCGUGAAUCGAUUGGUCGAGUGUUGUCUGUUCGAGCAAGCUUCGGAAAUCGCCGUUUUAGGAGAUGUUGCUUUAGAUGAGGUGUUGAUGGGAAAGUGGAAUUACAAGUACCUGAAUAGAGAUGAUAAUUGUACGGGGUUUUGGUUCGAGUGCAACGAGGAGUUUAGGAAGCAUAACGUUUCCGUCGAGAAUGUUGUUGGUUUCUACUUGAAAUACGUCGAAUUAGUUCAAACUAGCAUUGAGAAGUACGAAUUGGUGAAAAUGGCCCAACAAUGGUCGAAGAAACACAAUUUACCGACGAAGCACGAACUGGAAAAGCAAAAAUGGCUCUUGUACGCUUCGUUAGAAGAAAAAUCCCGCAACAUCGACCUUCUAAUAACCGAGGAAGAGCCCAAAAUUCCAAAAUCUCCGAUUCUCUUCAAGGACCUCGUCGAUCUGUUAAACAACGUGCCCAAAUUCGACGAGGAUCUAUCCGUCCACACUCUAAACACCUUUAAACUCACGAUAAACGAAGCUCUAAACGCCGGCAACCUCUGGCUGGCUCUAAAAUUAGAGAGGAUGUUCGGUUGUACCGAUUCCAAUUUGGAGAUUUUGAAGCUGUGCCACGGCUUGGCCGAAGGAUUGCUUUUACCAUAUCAAUUGACCGCCGAGCAAAGGCUUUUGAUCACCAACGGGACGCACUUCAGACGGCUCAGCCACAGAAGGCCCUUUCUAUCGACCAAAUUAUCAGGCACGAGUUCUUCAACGUCCUAUUCGCCGAUGGGCAGUUCGUUCUUGCAACAAACCGAUAACUCUGAGACUCCCAUGCACGAUACAUUGGCCGUCAUCGGAAAUCUGGCCGAAAGGGUGACCAGCGGCGUGCGGAUGGCUCAAGCGAUCUACAUGACCUACAGGAUGAGCGUAAACAUCGAGAUUCCCUAUCAUCUGAUCGUCUCCAACGCGGACUCAGUGAAAAUGCUGAAGGACGCCUUGGAGGACGAUUGCCUCAACAAGUUGGAGGUCGUGCACGAUUUCAUGCAGGUUUAUAAGUGGCAAAAGGAUCAGAUAACGAAUUUCGUUUGCGAAGAGAUCAUCAAUUCGACGACUAAUUUCGUCCAAUCGAAAUCCGAUCGGCACGUCAUGUGGGACUUGAAGGUCGACGAAGAUUUCCACUUGAUAUUGCAAUUGGUCCAGGAUCACUGCUCGUUGUUGGGAUACAAGAUUUAUUCGUACGCCAGCGCCAUGCACAAAUCACAAGUACUGGCCGAAUUGGAUUUCAGGAUCAGCAAAUUGGCGCUGUCGGUCGAGCUGCUGAUAGUAGCCCACGAUUGCUUCACGGCCGAUUGCAACAUGGAAGGCAUAUCGACGGUGUUGAAAAAGUGCCAGGACGUCGUGGCGCAUCUGGCGACGCUGCGCAGCUGGAAGAUGAUCGUCAGACUAUUGACGGGCGUCGGCCGGUACGCCGAAAUGAACUACGCCUUGCGCAUACUCGAACGGAACGACCAAUUCGAGUUUCUGUUGCGGAAAGGUUCGCGCAAAGACGACGCCCUCAAGACCGCCCUGUUGGAGUACCUGAAGAAGUACUGUCCCGACGACAAGGAGCUGUACAAGAUGGUCGCCUUGCAUUUCGCCCUGUUCUCCGAGGUGGCCUUGUUGUGGGAGCGAGAGGCCCGAAGCGUCGUCAAAAAUCUCAUAGCCAUAUCGAUGUUGGAGAUGCAGAACAACAAGUUGGAUCCCGACGCGGAGCCGUUCGUGUUGUUUACCAACUCGGAGGGUACGAAAAUGUGUUUGAAUAAGGCCAUUGAAAAUUACACACACGCCACCGAGUUCCAUUUGCAAGGCGAGAAACCGGCGAAGGCGAUGCACUCGGUCAAACAGGCCGAGUUGAUAGCCUUGCAGAUAUCGCUGUUGAAGAAUCUGCCGAACAACGGGACCGCUUUGUGCCUGUUGAACUUGCACCAGCACCAGAUUGUUAACGUCAUAUCCAAUCAGCUUAGUUUCGAUCAAACAUUGAUAUUGAUCCAAUCGUACAACUACCAUCCCGAUUGGUCGUCGGUGCUCUUCGAACAGUGCAUAGUGAAAAACAACCAGCAAUAUUUGGCAUCGUUUCUGAGACAUCGUCCUUUGACCGAGUCCUUGGUGAACGACAUAUCGAGGAAAUUCCUUUCGGCUAACAUCGAUACGGCUCGCGAAUUGAACAGCAUGAAGGCCAUUUUGAACAAGGUGCCUUCGGUGCACGUGAAGUACAGGAUUUCGAGCGAAUUGGGAUUCGUCGAUGUGGUGGAGGAGUUGUUGCGCGGCGGGCAAUUGGCUUAUUUGAAGGAUACUGUGUGGAAGAAGGGCUACAAAGUCUACCCGAGACCGCGGCGCCGCGACGCCACCGCUCAUCGCCCGCCUUCCUCGAGCCAUGUGAGAAGAGCGCGACAACUCCACGCGUCCGAAGAAUUACCAAAAAAACCAAAAAUUAAAUACCCGAACGAUGUAAAAAUGUCGGCGACGGAUCCGAAGGGCCAGCAGCCCGUCGCCAAGGGCGCCUUCUCCAAGCUGCCGGCGCACCAGGUCAACCCGAGCUACACGGCGCGCGUCGUCUGCUGCGUCGUCUUCAUCUUCCUCACGGAGAUCUUCCUCGCGCACUACGUCUACCGGCUGAUCAUCUCCGAGAUGCGCGACCAGUACGUGGCGAAGGCCUCGUUCCGGCAGCACUUCCUGCUGGAGCUGCGCGACGGGGAGUUCAGGCGCGAGGUGGGCCGGAUCGUCGAGGAGAUGGACCGGCCGAAGGCCGUCCGAGGCAGGGAGAAGAGGAGCGUCGAGCACAAGUUGGGGUACAAUUUGGGCGUGCAGGCCGAGGAGCCCCAGGUGGAGUUCUUCAAUCCCAAGCUGCGGACGUUCGUCGAUGCCAAGGACGAGGAGAAGGUGCUGGGGAAGAAGGAACUGGCGCCCGACGGGGAUUCCUGGAUAUGGGUCACCAGUUCCAGUAGGAUACCGGAAAAGGCGCUGGAAGGAUAUUGCCAGAAAGUGCAGGAAUUCUGCCCGAAGCAUCCGGGCCCCGAAGGACCUCCGGGCCCUAAAGGAGAGGCGGGCCAGCCCGGACUGCGAGGUUUCCCUGGAAUUCCUGGAGACAUGGGAAAUCGAGGGUACGUGGGCCCCAAAGGGGACAAAGGCGCUAGGGGAUUCCCCGGAUUUUCUGGAUUGAAAGGUUUGAAGGGAGAUACAGGAGAUGCUGGUAAACCGGGUGUAAUAGGGCAUAAAGGGGAUAAAGGAUUGCGGGGUAGUAAGGGCGACAGAGGAGCCAACGGUCCUCCGGGCUUCCCCGGCCAGAAGGGCGAGCAAGGACGAGCCGGCCUCGACGGUCUGAACGGGCUGCCGGGCGAGCCGGGCCUGUACGGGCGCCCCGGCCGGAACGGCUACGACGGAGCCCCGGGCAAGGACGGGAUACCCGGCAAAGACGGGAAAGAUGGAGUGAAUGGUUUGAAGGGGGAGAGAGGACCGAUGGGACCCGUUGGACCUAAAGGGUUGCAAGGGCUGCCGGGACCGAGAGGCAGCAAAGGGAGAUCCGGAAGGGACGGGGUUCCUGGAGUUGCUGGGGUACAAACUUGGGCCUAUUUGGAUAAACAUAACACUUCUAAGUUCCUCAUACCACCUUCUAUUGCUGGACAUCCCUCGACGAAUCCCAUCGUCGUACACGAGCGGGAGAACGUCAAUUUGCAAUGCCUGGCCAGCGGAAAUCCCGCGCCGAGAACCAUGUGGCAACGAUUGGACAACCGGCCCGUCGUCAUGGGCACCUGGCAAGAUAUCCAAGUUCCCGGGCCGAAUUUGAGCAUACCGCGCAUCACGCGCGACCACAUGGGAGUCUACGUGUGCGUGGCCGAUAACGGCCUCGUACCGCAAGCCAAUAAAACCUACGUAGUCGAAGUACAUUUUCCGCCGUUGGUGAGGAUAUCAAUCCAACACGUGCCGGCCACGAACGGCUCGACGGCCACGCUGGAAUGCGAGACCGAGGCCUUCCCGGAGCCGCUCCGGUAUUGGGAGCGCUCGGACGGGCGGUUGCUCGAGCACAGCGACAAAUACCGGAUAGACGGAUCGGCCGAGCGGAACGGCUACAGGUACAGGAUGCAAUUGAACAUCACCCGGAUCACCGGGCUCGACUUCCAGUACAAGUACUACUGCAUCAGCAAGAACGAAUUGCAGACGACCAGAGGGGAGCUCCAAUUGAGCAGGCAUAACGGAUCGAGCGGGUUUUACGUGGAUAGGGGUUCUAAAGGGCCGGUUGUGAUCGGUUUGCCGGCUCCCGAUAAAGUUUCCUUGGAGGAUCUCUGCGGUCCUCCUAUACAUUGUCCCGAUUGUACGGACGCUAAAGAAAGCAAGUGCACCGGUGGCGGUGUAUCUUUGGUGGAUCUGAUCACCCAUUGGGAGGUGAGAAAAUACCAGAACAUCACUUAUCCGGGUUUAGGAUUGCGCGCGAAAGAUUGCGUCCUGUACGCUGUCGGUAAACCGGUCUACCUGCGCUACACCGACGAUACGUUCGGCGCGUGGAUGCGCGACUCGAAUCCCACUAGCGAUAAGGACGAGCAAAAAUAUUGGGUUACCACCGAAAGCGAGCCGCAUAUACUCUACGAAUUCGCCAACAAAACCAUGUUCCGCAGCAAAAUCCACACACACAUCUACAAUGUAAGCCAUCCCUUUGGAGGAAACACACACGUCGUUUACAAUGGAUAUUUCUUUUACAACAUCAAAGACACCAGAAGGAUCAUUAGAUAUAAUUUGAAAGACGAAAGCACCAUGACUUUAGAUCUACCGGGACCGGAUCAUAAUUUCAAAAAUUACAUGAACAUAUCGAAAUUGUACAGUCUACAGUACAAUACGGUCGAUUUCAGCGUGGACGAUAACGGUUUGUGGAUCAUUUUCGCGGUGCCCGAUUCGAACAACACUGCUAUCAUGAAGGUCAAUACGGACACCAUGAAGGCCCAAUACGUGUGGAAUAUCAGCCUGCCUCAUCAGAAAGUCGGCGAAAUGUUCGUCGUUUGCGGGGUACUUUACGCCGUCGAUAGCGUUCUGGAUAGAAACACGAAGAUUCGAUUCGCCUUCGAUUUGUAUAAGGAAACCCUGCUGGACGUCAAUUUGGCCUUCAGCAAUCCGUUCAGGAAGACCACCAUGUUGAACUACAAUGCCAGAAACCAGGAAUUGUAUUCCUGGGAUAAAGGCAACCAAUUGACUUAUCCUGUUCGUUACCACGACAUCGGGUACAAUUUGACCGCCGUGCCCAAGGACGAGGCCACCGAACGCGGGGGUUAGCAGGAAGAAAUAUAGCAGGAUAUACAAUUAUAGUAUAGUACUAAAUGUUACCUAAAUAUAUGUGUAAUCGGUACUCGAAGAAUCACUUGAAGUAUUUUCUAUUUCGACGGCAAGUUGUACUGUAAACUAAUAAUAUAAUCAAACGGUUUCAUUAAUAAAGUAUUUCGAAGAUC